AUGGCCACAACCACGGUGACCGGUCAUGGCCGACGCUCCUCCAUGCGACAACCCGAACUCCAAAUACCAAAGUCCUCCGCCUCCCAAUCUACCAGCAGCCCCAUUGAUAAAUUCCCGCCGUAUGAGGAGACAAUUGAAACUGUCGCGGGGUCCCCUCGUCCAAACCGAAGUGCUUCCGUGAAAUAUGCCCCAGAUGAACUCUGGGAACCCCGGAAAACUAGUUUCUAUUCGCGAGACCAGGCCGGGCCAUUGAGAAACCCCAAGCAUCGCCCACGAAAGAGUAUUAGCGAGGCCAUAUCAACCAUCAGAACGCGCAACGGCAGUAUGAGUGCCAAUGCCCACGAACUGGCCGAAGCUCUACGUGCGCCAGUAUCCUACCGAUUGACUGCGCUGUGUGUCAUUUGGUACUUUACCUCGGCCCUGACAAACACGUCCUCGAAAUCUAUCUUGAACGCCCUCCCUAUGCCUAUUACCCUAACCAUCAUUCAAUUCGCAUUCGUCUCCUUUUGGUGUUUGCUGUUGGUAUAUCUUUCGACAAUAUUUCCUCGAUUGCGACAAAGUAUCCCAGUACUUCAACAUGGUAUCCGUUAUCCAUCCCGCGAGGUCAUUUCGACUGCCUUGCCUCUGGCGGUAUUUCAACUAGCCGGUCAUAUUCUCAGCUCCAUGGCUACGGCGCAAAUUCCCGUUUCCCUGGUGCAUACUAUCAAAGGUCUUUCUCCUCUUUUCACAGUUCUGGCAUACAGGAUAUUGUUUCGCAUUCGAUAUGCGCGGGCAACGUAUUUAUCAUUGAUCCCACUUACCAUGGGAGUGAUGCUGGCCUGCUCAACCGGGGUUUCCACAAAUUUCUUUGGCAUCUUUUGCGCAUUUGCCGCAGCUAUCAUAUUUGUCUCGCAGAACAUCUUUUCAAAGAAGCUUUUCAACGAAGCAGAUCGUGCGGAAUCAGAAAUGCAAAACCCCGGGCGACGCAAGCUCGACAAACUCAAUCUUCUUUGUUAUUGCUCUGGGCUAGCCUUUUUCCUGACCCUGCCUAUUUGGUUCGUCACCGAGGGUUACCCGUUGGUAUCUGAUUUCAUCAAUGAUGGUGUCAUCUCGCUCUCUGAGAAAAAAGGGUCACUGGACCACGGUGCACUGCUCAUCGAGUUCAUUUUCAACGGAGUUUCACAUUUUGCACAGAACAUCUUGGCUUUUAUACUUCUGUCGAUGAUUUCGCCCGUGUCAUACUCGGUCGCGUCCCUGGUGAAACGCGUCUUUGUGAUUGUGGUGGCAAUUGUGUGGUUUGGGAGCUCGACCACGUCGAUUCAAGCAUUUGGCAUUUGUCUCACCUUUGUGGGUCUCUACCUUUACGACCGCAACAGCCAUGACGAUGCGGCCGACCAAAAGGCAAACGCAGAUCACUUCCGUGCCCAAAAGUCCAUCCUACCAAUGAAUGUGCGACACUCGAGCAAACCGUGGGAUUCGAAUGGCUAUGCCUUCCCCGCAGGUAGAAACUAUGAUGUAUCCAACUUGAACAAUUCACACGCGGCGGCAAACACCUCCAAGAAGGAGGAUGAUGGACCAGGACGUGUACGACCCAGAGGAGCUAGCGUUUCUCGCACAUGGUUGCCAGGAACAAAACAAGAGUCUACUUGGCAGGUCAGUGAUUCCCAAGCAGCAGCUUAG